GCUUUCCAUUUUCUCUUCUCGACUCCCGUCGGCCCGCUCGCUCGCCGAGUCCGAUGGCGAAGAGCCCGCAGACACAGAAUCUGCCGGUCGACGUGGCCCAUCUCGUAGACCAGCUCGAGCGCCAUUGCCUCGCUCCGGACGGUUCCCAUGUCUCCAAAGCCGCCUUCUCCGAUCUCCAACUCGCGAGGGAGGAGAUGUCGCGAGAGCGGAUGCGGUACUUGGAAGCCAUGGCGGUUUACUGCGAGGCGAUUGCGGUAGUUGAAGAGUAUCAGCAGGCGGUUUCUGCAGCAAAUAUCGGAGGGGUUAAAGACAUUCCCGUUUUACAACCUCAGCUCGGGCUGAAUUGCUCCCCUCUGGUUUGUGAGUCCCUUGAGCAUUGGUUAGCAGUCGCAGAGGCUUCUCAAAGAUUAAGACUUCCUCUUCUAUCUAAAGAUGGUGAAAUUCAUGAGGAGGAGAUAGAGAAACUGAGUAUGAUCUCAAGAAGUUCUAUUGACAGCACUAGUACGAGUGUAACUCCGAGCACAAACUCAAAUUCAACAUACUAUAACAACAGUUAUACAAAUAGCAGCAGCGGUAUCUUGGGUUUCACUGGUCCACCGAGUAGUUCCGAUAUUGUUGAACCAGGAGUUGGUGGAGUACCAAAUCGUUUUCUUGGAGUAACACCAGGUUUUCUAUGGCAAGUCCAACAACAGCAUCCUGUCAUGGCCAUGGAUCCGUCAGAAUACCAGAGAUCCCUUGUUUGGGAAAUUGAAUCUCGCUUAAAAGCUAAAUGUGAAAUAUUAGCUGAUAUGUUUGCGAUGGAUGACAAUGACUCCUCUUCCAUAACUCAAAUUUCAAGUGCUCGGCUUCCAGAAAGGGUAAAAUUAAUAAUUGAGGAGGUUGAGAAGGAAGAAGCUGUGUUGCUAGAGGAUCUGUAUUCAAUGGAUAGGAAGUUUGCAGAGCAUUACAAUGUUUUGGAGCAGAUACUGGGGGUUCUUAUUAAGUUUGUCAAGGAUCUGAAGCUGCAACAUCAGCAUCAAUAUGAUGAGUUAAGGAAAACUUGGCUAUGUAAGAGGUGUCAGACAAUGAAUGCCAAACUUAGUGUCCUUGAACAUCUUCUCUUGCGUGACACUUACACCAAGGACUCUGUUCCAGCCCUCCGUAAGAUAAGGAAUUAUCUAAUAGAAGCGACAGAAGAAGCAUCCAUUGCUUACAACAAAGCAGUCACCCGUCUACGCGAGUAUCAAGGUGUUGAUCCCCAUUUUGAUACAAUUGCUAGACAAUAUCAUGACAUUGUAAAGAAACUGGAAGGCAUGCAAUGGACGAUUCAUCAAGUUGAAAUGGACUUAAAGCGCUCACUUGAUCACUCAUCCUCUUAAUCUUUCUACACUCCUAGCAAGAUUCCAGACUUCAUCAACCAAGGUAAUUGCUACCACAAAUUCUAACCAAAGGGAGAGACCUCAGAAGACUGGUGAUGUUAAGGGGAAUUGUGAAGAAUCUAAUGCUGGAGCUUGUAACAGUUUGCACUGUUCAUCUGUUCACCUUAUCCUAUUAGCGGAUUUACUACCGGUGACCUACAGCAGCAGCUUAGCAUCAUUGAGGUAGACUGUUGAUCCAUGUUUAUAAGAGGCUUGCUGAAAUCUGCCUCACAAACUAAGAGACAUGCCUGAGUUGUCAUUUUUUUCUCCUGGUGUGUUGUGGAAAGGUGUUGAUUAGUUUGUUACUGUUAUGUAUUCUGUGAUUUAUCUGUUUGUGACUCAGGAGAUGUUAAAUCAUUAAGGUUGUUACUGUUGCAUGAA